GGAGGAAGGAAGGAAGGACGGAGCGAGCGACGCCUCGACCCGCGGCGGGGCGGAGCGACUAGGCCCGAGCGGCGCAACGCGACUCGGGCAGCCGCCGCAGGGGUAGCGGCGGCGAAGGCAGCGGCAUCCCCGCCUCGUCUGCGCGCGCGCCCGACACACGCAAGAUGGCGGCCGUGGAGCUGGAGUGGGUGCCCGAGACGCUCUACAACACCGCCAUCUCGGCCGUGGUCGACAGCUACGGCCGGGCGCGCCGGAGGGACAUCCGCUCCUUGCCCGAGAACAUCCAGUUCGACGUCUAUUACAAGCUUUACCAACAAGGCCGCCUGUGCCAGCUGGGCAGUGAGUUCUGCGAGCUAGAAGUCUUUGCAAAGGUGCUUCGAGCUUUAGAUAAAAGGCAUCUCCUUCAUCACUGCUUUCAAGCAUUGAUGGAUCACGGAGUAAAAGUUGCUUCAGUCUUGGCCUACUCGUUCAGCAGGAGGUGUUCCUACAUCGCAGAAUCAGAUGCUGCCGUAAAAGAAAAAGCGAUCCAGAUCGGGUUUGUCUUAGGGGGGUUCCUGUCUGAUGCUGGCUGGUACGGUGAUGCCGAGAAGGUCUUCCUUUCCUGCCUUCAGCUAUGUACCCUUCAUGAUGAGAUGCUCCACUGGUUUCGUGCCGUUGAGUGUUGUGUCAGGUUGCUGCAUGUCCGGAACGGCAACUGUAAAUACCACUUGGGAGAAGAAACCUUCAAAUUAGCCCAGUCUUACAUGGAAAAGCUAGCAGAGCACGGCCAGCAAGCCAACAAAGCUGCGCUGUACGGAGAGCUGUGUGCUCUGCUCUUCGCAAAGAGUCAUUACGAUGAGGCUUACAAAUGGUGUAUAGAAGCGAUGAAGGAGAUCUCGGUCGGUUUGCCUGUAAAAGUAGUAGUGGAUGUUUUACGGCAAGCUUCAAAGGCUUGCGUUGUGAAACGUGAAUUUAAGAAAGCUGAACAAUUAAUAAAACACGCAGUGUACCUAGCCCGGGAGCAUUUUGGAGCCAAACAUCCUAAAUAUUCGGACACGCUACUUGACUAUGGGUUUUAUUUACUCAACGUGGAUAACAUAUGCCAGUCAGUUGCAAUUUAUCAGACAGCCUUGGACAUCAGACAGUCGGUGUUUGGCGGCAAAAACAUCCAUGUAGCUACAGCUCAUGAAGAUCUGGCAUACUCUUCUUACGUUCACCAAUACAGUUCAGGAAAAUUUGAUAAUGCGCUAUUCCACGCAGAACGUGCGAUUGGCAUCAUCACCCACAUUCUCCCAGAAGAUCACCUCCUCCUCGCCUCCUCCAAGAGAGUUAAAGCGCUUAUCUUGGAGGAGAUCGCAAUCGACUGUCACAAUAAGGAAACCGAGCAGAGGCUGCUCCAGGAGGCCCAUGACCUGCACCUCUCUUCUCUCCAGCUGGCUAAAAAAGCAUUUGGGGAGUUCAACGUUCAGACGGCGAAGCACUACGGUAACCUUGGCCGACUUUAUCAGUCAAUGAGGAAAUUCAAGGAAGCAGAAGAGAUGCACAUCAAAGCAAUUCAGAUCAAGGAACAGCUUCUGGGCCAGGAAGAUUAUGAAGUCGCCCUCUCUGUGGGACACCUUGCCUCGCUCUACAACUAUGACAUGAAUCAGUAUGAAAAUGCUGAGAAGCUUUAUUUGAGGUCCAUAGCCAUUGGAAAAAAGCUUUUCGGGGAAGGUUACAGUGGACUAGAGUAUGACUACAGGGGCCUCAUUAAACUGUACAACUCCAUUGGCAAUUAUGAGAAAGUAUUUGAAUACCACAACAUAUUGGCCAACUGGAAUCGAUUGCGGGAUCGGCAGUUUUCGGUCACAGAUGCCCUGGAGGACGUGAGCACCAGUCCCCAGUCAACCGAACAAGUUGUCCAAUCUUUCCUGAUGUCUCAGACCGUUGAAGGACAGAUUUGCUAAGGAACUUGGUCAAUUUUACCAGUUGCUAUUCUUCUUUUUCCCUUUGUUUCCCCCCAAAUUUACAUGGGAAAAGUCAUACUGUGAAUUUGAAACCAUACAGAUUUUUUUUUUUUCCUCCUCCUUUCUGGAGCUGUUAAAAAAUUGCAUUGAAACACUGGUCCAGUCCAUAAAAAUCCCAUUUUGGGGAUGACGUCAACUUUUGACGGAGUGACCGUGAGCCAGACGCGUGCUCAGUGCAUGAGCACGGGCACGGCGUAUUUUGUUUUGGUUCAAGGGGUGUGUGUAUGUGCGUGUGGGUAGUUCACAGACACGUACACACAACCUUGUACACAUGAAACAAAGUAUCUCUAAUUCUCUAAUUUUUUUUUUUGUUCUAAAAAGCCACUUUACAGGAAAUCGCUGCAAAGAAUAGAGAGAAAUAAAACCAUUUAACAGUUUUUUAAAGAGUUGCAUUCUUAAUUGAGAAAGGAGGGUGCCAGUCAUGUAAAACUGCACAAUUAUUUUCUUUUCUACGAUAAUCUUAUUCAGUAUUUAGGGCCCUGUAGAAUCUGGAUGCAAAGGGAAAAACGUGAUGAGGACGUGGACACGCCCUCCGUCAGGAAGAUCUUUUCCUGGGCUCGCACAGCGGUGGCGCUCUGCAGUUGACCCGCAAUGCCGGAAAUAGACGGCUUAAGAAAUUCCCCACAGACACUACCUGCUUGCUCCUAAUCCCUUCGAGCCCUUCGCAUCCAGGUCUCUGCAUGGCCCUAGUCAGUAUGGAUCAUUUGAAAAUGAGCCUCCUUCACGUGCCCAGGUACAGAAGGAGGCUGGCUGGGAAGGUCCCUCCUCCUCGCCUUGCACUACUUUACAAAGCAACCUGGCAGGGUUUUCCUUGGAGAAGGAGCACUUCUUUGCGAGCGGCUCUUGGCCGCCCUCCCAGCUUUUGAGAAGAGCGUGAACUGGACCAGUGGGUUCGCACAAAAGCGAUACGUCGCCAAAAUGACGCUUUGUUUGCCUCAGCUUGCUGUCUUCUUGGGAUAGACAAGGGGUUUAUUUUGUUGUUUGUGGGUUUGGGUUUUCCUUUUUGUGACAGGACCAGGAUCAUUUAAAGCGGACCAGCCUGCCCUUUGAAAGAGUUGUGGAACAGUGUCUGACGUGCUGUUUCUGCCCUGUGUUCCCUUUGACCCAGUAGAUAAAUUUAAUCAAGGGUGCGUUUUCAACAGUACCCAAGACAUGGCAGACAUAUAAUAGAGAAUAGCAGCUUCCGCAGUUUUCAGCAGUUGCGAUGCCAUGCCUUUUGAAAUAUUAUGGAUGCACACUAAAUGUUAUUUUGCAUAAACAAAACUUUAAAGCGCUUCUCCAUCCUCCCCCUUUUCAAAGUAGGCUGUCUUUAAACAGGGCUUCUCAACCUUGGCCACUUUCAGAGGGGUGGACUUCAACUUCCAGAACUCCCUGGCCAGCAAGGCUGGCUGAGGAAUUCUGGGAGUUGAAGUCCACCCCUCUGAAUGUGGCCAAGGUUGAGAAGCCCUGCUCUAAAGGCUAUAACUUGCUUGUGCUAACUGAGCUUUUUCUUCUCCUAAGCAUCUGGCUUUAUUUUUAUUUUUGGAGAUGACAGUUCAUUAUAUACUUUGCAGGGGUCACUGAAUAAUACCCAAAGAAGAAAAAAGCACACAGCAAGGCAGUCACAUUUGUUUUUCUUUCUUUUUUUAGCCUCUAUUUUUUACACUGAACAAAAUCGACCACAACCCAAUCUCCUUAUAUUUAAUUUUUAAAUGCAUGUCAUUUCCUUUUUUAAGAGUUAAUGCCUGUCUCACUAGCUUGUCUUAAUUUGGGGGUGGGGUUGCCUUUUUUUUUUUUCUUUUAGUUGAUCUGUCUUUUAAUGUCGAGGUAAUAAUUGCAAUUUUGAAAGACCUGGGGAGUCUAUGCCCAGUUUGGAAAGGAGAAGAAAAAUCUUGCUGUUACCUCAGUUUUUAAUAUGGAGGCACUGACAUUGUCUCUGUAUAUAAAAGGUAUUGGAUGGCUACCCCUAUUUUCAGGGGUUUUAUUAGUUGCCCAGGGAAAGAGUUUUGGCUAGCAGAAAGCACCUCUAGUAUUUGGAGUGAAUUUUAUUUACUGUUUUAAUUUUGAGGGGAGGGGAAUGAAAGGUCUGAAAGUCUGUUGUUAAAGUAAUGGGCUCAGCAAAGAAUAGCAGUUAGUGGCUUUACAUAUUCCUCUUUAUCCCGAACUAUAGCAAUACCAUUGGCUUUUUAAAGUAGAAUGUUGCGGGACAGUCGUUUUUGUUUUGAACUAGUGCCUUUUCAGAAUACUUUCUUUCUUUCCCAGGGGGUGGGGCCUCUGGUAACUCUUUGGUGAAAAAAGGAAUAGGUCAUUUUGGAAGCAGAUGUCACGUGGGGACUCCCUGAGGCAAAACCACAUGCAGAGAGAGUGGAUGGUCUGUUCCAUGGAGGUUGGAAUUUGGCUUUUUUGCAUGGCAUUUGAGAUAUUGGGACCAGUCCCUUGAAAAGGCGGGUGGGAGGUGAACAUGGGCUGUCAGAAGGUCUGCUUGCACUGGGGCUUCGCCCGAAAGAUUUUGUGGGGGGUGAGGACAGGUGAAAACUGCACCUCUGGGGUCCCUAGUAAGAGGAGGGGGGUGUAUGGGAACUCUUAAUGUUUUAAGGCUUUUCUGGCCCUUUCGGCUCUGGUUGUUCCUUUUGUCCUUCGAUGGAAUCCUCCAUCGGAGAGGGAGUGUAAACAUUUCAAUUUGCCUCACUCCCCAUUGUAGGCUUUAAAACCAUCGCUUCUCUCCCCGUCACCUCUAAUGCAAAGGCUGCCUCUUUCCUAAAUCAUGUUGGUUAUAUUCUCAGCUGCACUUAGUUGAUCGAAAUCCCAGAAGAAAGAAUUAAAUUAAUCAAUCAGUGGGUUUGUGCUGGCAAGUCACACAGUCCUAGCCAUUCAGGCUAACUUCCACAGUGGGAGGAGGAGGGGAGUAAAACAGCCAGAACUGUGCCUGAAACACAUUUUUUUUUUUUGGCCAUUUGCAGUGAAAACAAAGAGGAAUUACUGCCUUGAUCUUUAGAGAAAGAUCCAGGCUGCUGCUUUUCUUCAGAGUUGGUAUGUCAGUUCUACCACCAUCCUCCUUUCCCCCCCUCCCCCAGUGUUUCAUUGUAGAAUUAGCCAGGCUUUGUGUUGGCAGCAUGACAUCUGAACCAGAUGCUGGCUCUUAGUUCCCUUUGUUUUGAAAAUCACAACAUUAAAUUCUCAUCGCUGAAUAAAGCCAUGGAAAGAUUCUUGAUUUUUCCCUGCAUUUCCAUAUUACUCAAGAGUAGACUGCUCCCAAAGUGUUAAAAAGCAAACCAAAACUACUUAUUGAACCAGUUCCUCUGCUGUUUUCCUGAAAUCCUUGCUUGCUGUACCUACAGACAGAAUCUCAUGAUGUCCAGAAAGUUAAUUCAGUGGUGCCUCCCUGAAUCUUUCCCAGUCUUUCCCACCCCAGCCUUCCCCAGAUCUACUGGAUCACAAGUCCCAUCACCACCCACCGGUAAUUGCUGCUUGCUGGAAGGAAUGAGUGAUGUGGCAGUGUGAUGCAUUUGGGAAUUUGGCAGUAGCUGCUUUCCCUUUUCCUGAAAAUGCAAAUAAAACUUGGGGAAAACUGGAAUGGUGAAUAGUUUGAACUCAAAAUUAAAAGGACAAUUACUUCUUUUAAAUCCCUGGCUUCUGGAAAGGCAGGACUGGAGAUACCAGUGAGCUUUGAGUACUUUCCUUGGUUUGUGUUUUUGAGGUGGUUAUCCUUUCUGUGCCAGUUCAUGUGCAGAUGUUGCCAAGGACAUAAAAAAGGGUUAUUUUCUGGUCCCUAAUCAUUUGUCUUACAUCAUGGAUGGAUUUUGGAGUGUGCAAAUGAGAACGGCAAGUGAUUGCUGCUAGAGUAGAAGAUCCAAAUUGCGUUACUCAGUGGGUCAUACACCUUGGCACCAGGAGGAGCCAGUUGCAAAUUUUUGGAAACAGUAUUGGCAAGGAAUUAUUUAUCUAAUCUGUUCCCCCCACCCCAACUUCCCAGUAGUUAGAGUAAUUUAGUAAAAAAAUAGUCUUAACCUUUCCUUCCCUUUGCCUUCACCUGCCCAGAAUCCUGAUGAGCUCUUACCUAGAGCCACUGAGAAUAGAGGAAUGAUCAUUCUUGUAAGGGAUGAAAGUGAGAAUUUAAAGUCUUCUUUCAGAAUCAGCCUUACAGCACUGCCAGUGAGCCAUGGUACCCAUUGAAAACUAAAGUGGAGGCCAAAGUCUAUGUGAACUGAACUGUGCAGAACUUCAUGUGUGUGCUUUUAAUUAAAGGCUGAGAAUGUACAUGUGCAUUCAAGUCUGGACCAAUUAAACCUUUGCACACAGAGAAACUCCAGUUGUUACACCAUUUGGAAGUGUUUUUGCUCAAGUGUUGCAAGUCCUGGGGGGGCCCAUUCCUUUUUCCCCUUCUCCUUACCGAGAGUUUGAAUUGUGAAUUAAUUUUGCACAAUGGUGCGAAGCCCUUUUGUCAUUAUUUGCUCAAAAUUCUACUAAGUAUGUGAUGGGUAGCUCAGGCAUGAAGAUGUACCUGUGCAAGCAAAAUGUUCUUUUCCAGGAUUUGAUAGUUAAGUAGGAGAUACUUCCCUCCCUCCUUUGGUUGGGAUCCUGACAUUCCGAAGGCCAGCUUUGAACUUCAACUUGCUUGCCCAUCUGAUCAGGAUUGUGGUAUAUCAUGCUUGCUUUCAAGGCCUUCUUGACUGCCCCCCCAGUUAACAAGAAAGGCAUUUCUUGUCCAACUCCCAACCUGUGAGAAUAGAUGUUUUCAAGGCUAAAUGUCUCUCCAGUUGGUGAGCAUGUGCAUUAAGAGAACAGGGAAACUGGUGUAGAGGCUUAAAAUCCGACACAGCUGUGACAUGUUGCUAUUAUAGAUCAUCCACUUCCUUUUUCUCUUCCUCCCAUAAAAAAUACAAUUGCCAUUCCACAAUUUUUUCCACAGAACUUCUUAAAACAGCUGCUUUAAAGAACUCGAUGGCUCUUGAAAGAGCAUUUCAGGUGUAGGGCAUGUUCAGGGGCAAUGCAUUUGUUUAGUUUCUGUUUCGUUUUGACCUUAAUUUGAAGUCUGGCUGGAGUGGAUGAAUCAACAGAAUAGGAUUUAAAAAAAUAUAUGGACCCUAUCUUCCAAUUGUCCAAUAGACAAGAUAUUGCAGAGGUUAUUCUGAUUUAUCCAGUCUGCUUUCUUCACUGUAUUCUAGUUAAGCAAAGACUGAUAUCCUAACCAUAGUUGUUAGUAACCCUUUCUAAAUCUUGAGGACUUUGGCUCCAAGGAGACAUUGGUUGAGAGAGGCCCAAGCCACGUAACCGGAACAGGACUGAUCACCUCAGUUGGAAUCACUGGACUAAGUAGUUUCUGGAUUUAAGCUGUUGAUUGUGUGGAAACCAAUUUGCGAGCCUAGAAAGUUGUGUUUACUUUUGGUGGGUUCCUGCAGGAGAGUUCACACAACAGGUGAUUUAAGAUCCAUUGUUCCAGCUCCAUUCAUGGAGCUGGAGCUGAAUUGCUAAUCUAUAACCUGAGGGCCCUUUUUCUUCCUCCACUCCAAACAUCCCCACUUCAGAAGCGAAGGAGUUGCAAUAUUUUGAAAUCUGUACUGCUCCCAAGGAUGCAGAUCCCUUCAUGACGUGUGUACAGGAGGGAACUGAUCCAGGACAAUAGUUUGAACUUGUCCAUUUCUAUAAACAAGGGACACAAAUUCUAGCCAAAAUGAAAGACUCCUUUGCACAGCUUGGAGUCCCUCACUGAAAGUGGAGGGGGCUUGUAAAAUUGCCCAAAGGUUGUCUUCUACAACCCAUCAGACAUAUUGAAAUGCUCCUGAUGCACCAAGGGCAGAUGGGGGAAUGUGCUUUCCUCUCCUUUUCUUGCUAUUUCCACUGCAGCAUGUCUAAACCCCAUGUCUGAAAAGGUAAAACCGGUGUGGGCCACGUGAUUGCAGGACUUUACCCUCCCCAAUUACUAUUCCCAUGGAAGUCUCAUGUAUUUGUAACUGUCAUCAUGUAUAUGUCCUUUCCCUAAAAGCCCAUCCCACCUGGGUUUUAGGGCAGAUAAAAUUACUGGCUGCAGAAGGGUAACCUGGUGUAGGGCAAGCAGAGAGUUACCCCACCUUAGGGCGUGCAUCCUAGCGCCACCAGUGGCCGUGCUUGGCUCUCUGUGCAGGGCAGAAACUGAUCUUGUACCACAAGGGGGUGGGGGAAGAUGGCACUUAGCAAUUGAUGGUUCUUUCAUGUGCCUCCUAGAGCGAUGUAGACUUCAGAGUGGGUUGAGAGGAAUUGCUGCAGACCUCAGGUGACCACAAGACCUCUGCUACCUGUUAAAGGAGCCUGACGAUAAACCCAACCCCUUUAAGGAACGUACUCAUUCAGUUCCUUCCGAUUCCACCUCAGAAGGUGGUAUCCCUCCAGAAGUCCCUCUGGUGGGAGGAGAUGGGCAGUGACAAAUUUUAUAAAUAAACAAACAAAUCAUCUUUACAGCCCUCUCUUUCAGCCUGAAAAAAGAGGAGCUCCUUUAAUGAACAGCAGAGAGGCCCUGCCCUUGAUGAGGUCUGCAGCAGCUCCUCCGAAUUGUUUUUGAAGCGUGCACAGCCUUAGUGCCUUCUCAUCAGAAACCGAAGCCAAGCCUGGUGCCUUCCGUGUGGAUUGGACCACAGUUCCCAUCGCUUCCAGACAAAAGAGAGGGCGCACCAGGUUAAGACGUUGCUCCAGGAUUUUGCCUUGUGGUAAAAGCUGCCCCAUGAACUGGGCACAGAGGGGAGGAACCUGGAUACCGUUGACGAAUUUUGGUCACGUUCCUUGGCUUUCAAGCGUGAAGAGGAAUGUCUUGUUAUGUUUGUUAUGGCUAUUAUUGUUUUUCCCCCUUUUGUUGGUUUUGUGUCUUUGACACAGUUUGGUCAUUUUGCCUCUCGGCCUUCGUGUGGAAGAAACCUUUUUCUGCGUGUGUCCUGCUGUUGUGUUAUAGAAGGGCUGAAGGGAGCUUUCGGGUGGCAAAAGAGUGCUUGUAGAGUUCCUUUUUUGACAGCGAGGGAGAUCAUGCUUUUUCGUCUCACGCCCCAAACUCAGGAAUGUUUUUAAGGCAGUGAAACCCACUCCCCUUUUCUGCGAAAUCAGUUUCAGAUUCUCAUUAGCAAAUAUGACCAUGGCAAUUGUAGGUAUCUUAUAGCAUGAAGAGGCCUUAGUGAGUUGUUUUUAAGUGCAGAUUUCUUUGGUUUGAAAACAUUAAAAAAAAUAAGAUGGAAAAAUAUAUAUGCUAUAUAAAUAUAUAGAGAUAUCUAGAAACUUGGUGUUUGGCACACAAGUUUUUCAGUGUUGGAUCACUAAUUCUCACAGGCACCAUGUGUGUAACUGCCCUCCACCCCAGCUUUCCUUUGUAUGCAUAUUCCUUGAUAUAAACUAUGUUGCCAUGAAAAUAAGAUUUAAAAAAGAGAAAUGUUAGCAUUAUUUCUCGGGGGCGGGGUGUUGAAUGAGCUUCUGUUUUAUUUAAUAUUACCAGUUUCAGUACUAUUAUUUUUUAAUACACCAUGGAUCUUAACAGGGGAUUAAAAUAUGUACAUACAUUAAACUAAAACUCUAUCAGCAAUGUGGUUGGAAGCAAACCAGCUGAAGGCUGGGUACACCUGCCAGCAUCUCUAAAUCUGAAUCCCCUCAUCUUUUUGUGCCACUGUUACUUAUAUGAAGGCGUUUUGAUCAUCCUUGGCCAUCCCGCUCCUCUUUUGUAUCUGACAUCACGCCAGACCGCCGUGCUCGGUUUUAUUCUUUGUACACAUCAAACCAUCCUGAGUAUGUUUGUAACCAACAUUGUGAUAUUCUGUAAUUGUAUUGCUAAAAUGAACUAUUGACUUAAUAAAUAUAGUGUUCCUGCA